AUGAGGUAUCUAGCAGAAAUUCCCUUGAACCUUCAACGGCAACUUGAAGCCUACGAACUCGCUUGCGCUGCUCAGAUCACAGCUUUUUCUUCGGCUCAAGCGCUUUCUCAGGAUAUCCUGGAAUCUCAGCGUCUUUUGCACUUGGUUGGCCACGAUCCGGUCUCUGUCCUUCAAGGACUUUUGGAGGAUGCCAAUUUUGAGCUCUCUCCUGAUCACUUGAAGAUGCUGGCUGGCGCUCUUGGCUGGCCCUUACCUCUCGUUGCAGACUCCAGUGUUCACCGAUGGGACAACGAUCGCUUUAUUUUGACGUCUCCCGAUAACAUUGUCCUUGCUGAGGCUCAAGUACCUGGGCCUUCUCAGCUCCCUCCUCUUCCUGUUAUCCCUUCUUCUGUGCUCUUGGAAUCUUUUCACCCAUCCCUGUCAGCCAAAUAUGACUGCUAG